AUGUCGUCGUUGCACAGCCCGGACCCCAGGGGGAGCAGUCGAGCGCUGAGCCUGGAUCUGCCGCCGCUCGUGUCUCGGAGCAGCGUGCGCUUCGGUGCUCUGAGCCACCACUCCUUCUUCUCCAGACACAACCCCCACCCCAACCGAGUCCGACACAUACAAGGUCUGAACGGUCGUCCGGUUUGUUCAGUUCGAGACGACUGGUUCGGGGCGUCUCCUUUAUUCCCUCAUCCGCUUCUCAAAGGAAACAUGUUGAGGAAAGGUCCAGAUCCGUCUCUGUCUCACACUGUGUACGGGGCGAGCGCGAACAAAACCAAAGCCAAUCUGCUGUCGGAGAAGUGGAGAGACGAGCUGAAGGAGCUGACCACGAGGAUCUCCACGUCCCCCCAGACACAGAGAGAAAAGAAAGAAGUAAGACCAAAAGAGGAGCCGGUCCGGAGACAGACCCAGUACUCGGCUCAGACCGGGCGCCUCAUCCCCCCGUCCUCCAAGUCCACCCAGCGCAGGUCCUACACCCGCUCCCAGCACAAAGCCAGCCCCCACGGACUACUGCAGGACCAGGAGCUCAUGGUGCUGGAGCUGCUCUGUCAGAUCCUUCAGACGGACUCGCUCUCCACUGUGCAGCAGUGGCUCCUCCUGGCCGGGCAAAGAGAGAAAGACUUGGUGAUGGGGAUGAUUAAACAGGCUCUAGAGGGGACGGACCUCCAGAACCCGGACCUCCGGCUGUACCCGCACCUCCCUCCGCAGUACAACCCCUCCACAGACCCGACGUGGAGACUGCAGCACGGACUCAGCCCCGAGAGAAAACUGCAAAAAAACUCCACUCCAGCGCACGAAAAACCCGAUAAAAUUGGAGAGGCGGAGGUCCUUCAAAUCCACGACGCAGAGGAAGCAACACCUGAACCGUUGCCAUAA